AUGGCUGGAGUUGCGAAUAUGCCGCACGACAUGAACGUUCCAACCGAGGCCGCGAAGCAGGGUCACAGCAGGCAUGCAGAUGUGGGGAGAGUGGACCAGAAAUCACGGCCAAAAAUGGACAAGACAACACAGGACCAUGUCGAGAGGAUAACUUCCGACCCCGGUGAUGUGCCACAAAAGCACAUAGGCAUAGACGAAGAGCUACGCAAGUACGUCGUCGCCGCCGACAAUGUACAAGUCGACGAGGUCACCAGCAAGCGACUGCGGCAUAUGAUCAAUAAACGUGUUUUGAUUGUCAUGGUAGGAACUUACUUCCUGCAAUCGCUGGAUAAGAACGCAAUAAGUUAUGCUGCUAUCAUGGGGAUUCAGAAAGAUGCGAAUCUCCAGGGACAGGAUUAUUCCUGGAUCCACACGGUCAUAUACUUUGGUAUAUUGUUUGCCGAGUAUCCAACAAAUAUCAUUGUGCAGAAGGUGCCUAUUGCAAAGUACCUGGCGGCAAACAUCUUCUUAUGGGGAUUGACAUUGACAAUGACCUGUUUCGGCUUCAACUUUGCAAUUCUAGCUGCUCUUAGAGUCCUGUUGGGAAUCUUCGAAGCCGUCUCUCAGCCUACUUUUUUGUUGCUUUCUUCAAUGUGGUAUAGGCGCGAGGAACAAGCACAUAUCGUUACUUACUGGUUUGGAAUGAACGGAGUCCAAGGAAUCUGCGGCGGUCUCUUCGCAUACGGAAUGAGCCACGUCCACUCGCCUGUGUUGAAAUCCUGGCAAUUUCUCUUCAUCCUGCUCGGCUCCAUCACCUGCGUUUGGUCGAUGUUCGUUAUGUGGUGGAUGCCCGAUAGUCCUAUGCGUGCAAAAUGUUUCUCGGAAACAGACCGGGUGCUCAUGAUCGAGCGCGUUCGAGCCAAUCAAACAGGUAUUCAGAACAGGAGCUUCAAGAAAGCUCAUCUCAUCGAAGCUCUUCGGGAUCCACAGGUUUGGCUCUACGUUUUGAUUCAAAUAAUCAUUCAGAUUCCUACAGGCGGUCUUGGAUCCUUCUCAACGAUCUUGAUCAAGAACUUCGGAUUUACCGAGCUGCAAACAGAACUGCUUUCAAUGGUCAAUGGAGGCGUUCAGUGUUUUGUUCUCUUGACCUCUGCGUGGCUUUCUCGACGCUUCAGUCAGACUGUCAUUUUCCAACUGGUCUUCCUCAUGCCAAACAUAGCAGGAACCGCAGUUCUAAUGGCUGUGCCCAUUUCCCACUCCACACGCGUCGGCCUUCUCAUCGGAUACUGGUGUACACUCUCUUUCUGGGGUACAACCACUCUCCUCAUGCCCCUCCUAUCUCGUAAUGUCGCCGGUCAGACCAAGAAGUCUAUCAGCACCGCCUCCCUUUUCUUUGCAUGGGCAGUGGGAAACAUGAUUGGACCACAAGUUUUCCAAUCAAAGGACGCACCGAGAUAUUUUACGUGUUUCUCAGUCCACAUGGGGUGCUACGGGGUCCUUAUCAUAUUGCUUCUUACGCUAAGAUGGCAUUUGAAGAGGCAGAAUUCGAUCAAGGACGCUUUGCAGGAACAGGAUUGGAGUGCCAAUGCGAUGAAUUUGGAUAAUGCUUUUGAUGACUUGACCGACCGAGAGAAUUUGAGCUUCCGGUAUAAUUACUAG